AGCAGAGCCGCACCGUGGGGCGUACCCUGUGAUGCUCCCGGGGCUCGCGUUCUCGGCAUGGGUUCCACGCUGCCGCUGUUGACUCUGCUGUCGCUUCUCUCCGGCCUGUGGCUCGAGCUAGGGAAUGGGCAGACAACUAGCAUGGUCCAGCUCCCAGGUGGGAGAUUCCAGAUGGGAACAAAUUCACCAGAUGGCAGAGAUGGUGAAGGACCUGUCCGGGAAGUGGCAGUAAAACCUUUUGCCAUUGAUGUAUUUCCUGUCACCAACAAAGAUUUCAGGGAGUUUGUCAGGGAGAAAAAGUACCGGACGGAGGCUGAGAUGUUUGGGUGGAGCUUUGUCUUUGAGGACCUUGUCUCCGAUGAGCUUAGAAACAAAGCAAUCCACCAAAUGCAGUCUGUUCUGUGGUGGCUUCCAGUGGAAAAGGCGUUCUGGAGGCAGCCUGCAGGUCCUGGCUCUGGCAUCCGAGAGAGACUGGAGCUCCCAGUGGUACACGUGAGCUGGAAUGAUGCGCGUGCCUACUGUGCUUGGCGGGGGAAACGGCUGCCCACUGAGGAGGAGUGGGAGUUCGCUGCCCGAGGGGGCUUGAAGGGUCAGGUUUACCCCUGGGGAAACCAGUUCCAGCCAAACCGCACCAACCUGUGGCAGGGAACAUUCCCCAAAGGCGACAAGGCUGAGGAUGGCUUCCAUGGAGUCUCCCCAGUGAAUGCUUUCCCCCCACAGAACGACUAUGGGCUCUACGACCUUGUGGGCAACGUGUGGGAGUGGACCGGCCACCCCCAUACCGGGCCCCCGGGCCAGGACAUGCGUGUCCUCCGCGGGGCGUCCUGGAUCGACACAGCCGAUGGCUCCGCCAAUCACCGGGCCCGCGUCACCACCAGGAUGGGCAACACCCCAGAUUCAGCCUCAGACAACCUCGGCUUCCGCUGUGCUUCUGGCGCAGGCCGACUGCCUGGGGAGCUGUGAGCAGCCGUGCAGAUGAGAGAGUUCUCCCGUGGUCCCCAUGUCACUCCCUGGCCACACUGCAAAUACAGCCAGACUCCAAGCUCUUCAACUUCAGCCUCAGGAACGACCUCCUUCCCUGUCCCCAUCCUCUGCGCCAGGCCCCUCUGCCAGGGCAGGAGAGAAAUCUGACCUCUGCAGAGGGGUGCUGCUGUCUCUUGGAGAAGGGGCGUAACUUGUGAUUGUGGCUAGGAGCGCGAUGUUUCUCUUGGAGGUCAAAUAUUAACCUUAUAGGGACCAAAUACUCAAGCAGUUAGGGUAGAGGACUCUGAAAGGCAGUUUGUUAAACAUUUUUAAGUCUGCUCCCUUCCCCUUUCUCGGGAUCUGACACUGUUUUCUCAUGGCAGAAUCUCCCCAGGUCUCCUUGCUUUCCCAGCAAGCUGCUAUAGAAGGAAGAUGAUUUCCUUCAUUUGCCUCAUUUGUGGGGUUUCCAACCUCCAAGGGAACCUAAUUUCCACUGUCUGUAUGUAAAACGCAGUCACUUGGGCUCUUAGAAGCACAAUGUCAGUCUUAGAGGGGUCUAGGGCAAGGAAUGAUCUACCGGACGAGAUGGCACCACAGAAGUCAUGCAGUAAAUAAUACUCCGGAAAGACGAGUAGCAGAAGCUUCCCCUUCUAUUGUCGUUAUGUCAGGGCUGCCAUACACCUCUGAAAGCAUGUCCCCAGAGAAGAACCUGCUCCCGUGGUGUCCCUGGACAUUGUGACGUCAGUAAAGUCUCCUGGGAUCUGUA